GUUUCUCUUUGCCCUGUUGUAUUGAUUAGUUCUAAUAAAAAUAGCAUCCAAUAGCAUAUGGACAAAAGAGAAGGUUUAAAAAAAGGACUUCAACGAAUUAAUCCAACUCAAAUUUAAUUUUCGUUAAUUAUUUUUAUUCUUUUUAUACACUUAACAUAUACUAUGGGAAAGUAGUGUCUUAUAUAUAUAUAUAUAUAUUUAUGUUACUUUGAAAUCGAUUUCUAUUUCAAUGUCUGACAUUCCCGUUUUACUCGAAUUCGGGGCGAAGGCCCACACCUACCAGGCCCAAGUCAACGAAGUGAAGGAUCGCUUGGGCAUCAAACACGACUGCUUCGACUCUUGGCUUUACACUUUUCCUUCCAGCGCCAACUUCAACGUCGAGCGGACGGUGCGAAAAUUAAUCAAACUUGAGUCCUUUAAAUAA